AUGGACAUCAAACCACCGAAAAAAUAUGCGGAAAAUUACACUCCGGCAGCUCUUUCUGCCGCUAUCGCGAUGAUUCGGGACAAAAAGAUGAGCAUCAAGAAAGCUGCCAAAUACUUCGGUAUUCCACGAUCUACUAUUCGCUCCCGUCUGUCCCAGAAGAAUCAGGAUCAGGUCCGUGCUGGUCCGGAUACAUCAUUAACGCACAAGGAAGAAAUGGAGCUGGAGGAGUGGAUUUUUGAUAUGCAGAAUCGGGGAUAUCCAGUCACGAAAAACUGGCUAUUGGAUAGCGUGAAGCAGUUUCUGGAUACAAACAACCGUGAGACCCGAUUUGUGAAUAACAGACAAGGUUAG